CUGGUAUGAGUUCCGUUUUGCGUCAAAACUGAGCAAGUAUAAAAGCUGUCUGGAAGCUAGCAAAAUCAAUCAGUAGCUUUCGAGCAGUCUAACAGAAGUGCACGAUGAGAUUUCUGAUUGUUACCGUCGCCAUCUUCGCUUGCGCCGCAGCUGCGCCAUCUGGCGCUCUGCUGGCCACAUCUUACUCCAGUGGUAUCAUCAACCACGGAGCACCAUGGGCCGUCGCUCGCGCUGCACCCUUGGCCAUUGCUGCAGCCCCAUUGGCGGUAGCUCACGCUGCCCCUGUAGCCGUACCUACCAUCUCCUCUGGUGAUAUUCAGGCUGCUGCAAUCGACGCUCACGUUGAAGCCGCCGACCACGCCCGCGCAGCUGUUGACUCCGUACGCCAGAUAAACGAUCAAGCCGCUGAAAUCCAAGGCAGAGCCAUCAACGCCGCUCUGCUGGCCACAUCUUACUCCAGCGGUAUCAUCAACCACGGAGCACCAUGGGCCGUCGCUCGCGCUGCACCCUUGGCCAUUGCUGCAGCCCCAUUGGCCGUAGCUCACGCUGCCCCUGUAGCCGUACCUACCAUCUCCUCUGGUGAUAUUCAGGCUGCUGCAAUCGACGCUCACGUUGAAGCCGCCGACCACGCCCGCGCAGCUGUUGACACCGUACGCCAGAUAAACGAUCAGGCCGCUGAAAUCCAAGGCAGAGCCAUCAACGCCGCUGAGGACCACGCCUGGCAAUCGGUGAACGCUGCUCAGACUGCUGCUGCUCAAAUUGACGGUGCCGCUGCGAACGCAUCUCCCACCAUCGCUCGCCAGAUCGCCGGUCAGGUGGCUCCCGUCGUAGCUGCACCGGUCGCUGCGUACGCUGCUCCCGCCUUCGCUGCACCAGCUUUCGCCGCUCGCGCUAUUGCUGCCCCUCUUGUGGCAGCGCACGGUGUCGCCCCCGUCUACGCUGGCAGCCAAUCUGUGUCCACUCAGUCCCUUUCCCAGACUCAUCCAAUCCCAUUCGCCCAUGCGCCUGUCGCAUACGCCGCCCACGCGUGGUAAACUGAUCCUAGCCAAAUUUUGCAUUAGAUUAUAGAUUUAUGAAAAUUGUACAGACGAGACGAAGAUGAGCGAAUAAAAAUAUUAAGUUUA